AUGGUCGAUAGAAACAUUGUUCAAGAACCAUGGUAUCAUGGCCUGCUGCCGCGCGAGGAUAUUCGGGCGAUGUUGACGCGAAGCGGCGAGUAUUUGGUGCGAUCGACGGAGCCCGUCAAAGGCCAGAAGCGGCAGUAUGUGUUGUCGGCGGUGCCGGAGAAUGAGUGCACGCCAACGCAUUUUGUAUUACACGAAGCUUACGGUAAAAUCUUUGUUGAAACGAAGGGCUUCGAGACAAUCUCAAAGCUCGUCGAGCAUCAUGUCAACACGAAGGAGCCGAUCAACACGAAAGACAAACAUUCUGUAAUCCUUCGAAGUCCGGUGAAUCGUCAAAGUUGGGAGCUCAGCCACGACGACGUUCUAUUGACGAAGAAGCUCGGCGAAGGCGCGUUCGGCGAGGUCUGGAAAGGGACGCUGAAUCGCAACGGCGAGCCUAGCGUGCAAGUCGCCGUUAAAACGGCGAAAUUGGAAUCGUUGAAUAAAGAGCAAAUCAAGGAGAUCAUGCACGAGGCGAGGCUCAUGAGAAAUUUGGAUCAUCCGAAUGUCGUGAAAUUCUACGGGGUUGGCGCCGGACAAGAGCCGCUGUAUGUGAUAAUGGAGUUGGCCGACGGCGGCGCGCUCGACUCGGCGCUCAAAAAGAACAAAUUUGCGAUGGCGAAAAAAAUGGAGCUGAUCUAUCAGGCGUCGUGCGGCAUCGCCUAUAUUCACGACAAGAAUCUGAUGCAUCGCGACAUUGCGGCGCGCAAUUGCCUCUACGGCGGCGGUCAGGUGAAAAUCAGCGAUUUCGGUUUGUCGCGCGAGGGCAAAGAGUACAAAAUGGAUUUGUCGAAGAAGGUGCCGAUUCGAUGGCUACCGCCGGAAACGAUCAAGACGGGUAUCUAUACGCCGAAGGUGGACGUCUACGCGUUCGGCAUUAUGGCUUGGGAGAUCACCGAAGACGGCCAAGAGCCUUAUCCGGGCCUUCGAGUCGUUGAAGUUGUCGGAAAGGUGCUCAGCGGCUAUCGGAUGCCGUUCGAUGCGUCGGUUGACAAGGAGUUUGCCGAUUUCAUUUUGAAACGCUGUUGGGCGGAAAAACCCGAAGACCGUUGGACAAUGGAAGAAUGCCGCGAUCACAUUCGCAACAAAUUCUACAAGCAACCCAGCUCGACGAUGCUCGAUGAGCCGAAAACGAAAAAACAGAAGGGCUCGAUAAUGAAGUCGAUAAUGAACCGCGCAAGUGCCGCCUACAAAAGAAGCGGAAACGGGAAAAGCUUGAAGAGUGUCGCCACGAAAUCGAAUAGAACCGAAAAAUAA